CUCUCCUUCCCCAGAAGAAAUCAAACCCCAACAACUCCAGAAGAGAGAGAGAGAGAGAGAGAGCCCUAGCCGCCCCCAGAAACCCUAACCCUAAUUUUGAGUCACAAUCCGAAACUCUGUUUCAAGAAUCUGUUUGUUUGUUGGUUUUCCGAUCACGUUACAAUAGCUCCUUUUAGAGAUCCCCUAAUAUUUUCGAAAUUUCGAGAUCGAACAAGUUUGUGAAUGGUGGAAAUCUUAAGCGUCAGUAAUUUCAUGCGCUCGAUUGCACAAUCGAGGGCGAGCGCUGCUAUUCUCCCUGUUUCUGCCGCCUCUGCUUUCUCCUUCGGCUCCUGCAAGGAAGGCUGGUACUACCGCUGCCUCGGCGUCGACCCCUGAAUCAUUCAUUCACCUCCUCCAAUUCCUUCAUCUUUUUCCUCCAUAUUUCGAUUUCGAUUCAUUUUCGAGUAUUUUUUUUUGUUUGAUCAAAAUAACGAGGGAAUUGCGAUUUUUGUAAAUUCGGAUUGGAAUUUUUGGUUGGUAUUGAUUUGAUUCGGACGAAGAUGUUGCUGUACAAGCAGAAGAAGAGUCCCAAGGGCAACAGGUUCCUGAUCAGCAUCACUGUGCUGGGCAGUGCCGGCCCGAUCCGAUUCGUUGUCAACGAGGAGGCGCUUGUUGCUGCGGUCAUCGACACCGCCUUGAAAUCCUAUGCUCGUGAAGGUCGCCUUCCCAUUCUCGGCUCCGAUCUCAAUGAGUUCAUGCUCUACUGCCCCACUGCUGGACCUGAUGCUCUGAGUCCAUGGGACACAAUUGGAUCGCAAGGAGCUCGGAACUUUAUGCUAUGCAAGAAGCCUCAGCCGGUGAAAAUGGCCGACAGUGAAAUACCGGCAGCUGCAAUUUCUCGCAAGGGGAGUGGGAGCUGGAAGGCAUGGAUCAACAAGUCCCUCAACCUCAAAAUCUCUUCCCAUUGAGUUUAAUGGGUUAGGCAAUUUCUAUUGUUUUUGUUUCCAGCAAUUUGUGUCCCUUCAAUAGUAAUAGAGUCAGUCAGUCACAUGUGCUUUCGACUGUGCUCUAUUUUGAAGUUUUGUUUUCGAAUAAAUUUGCCAUUGGUGUGUUUGUUCUCUUUCUCUAUGAAAUAAUAUCUUUCAAUUUCUUUGCCUGAAA